UCAAGGGAAGAGGGCAAAGGAGAGGAGCUGCAGGUGCUGGAGCUGUGACUCCGGCGAAGCCGGAGCAGUGAUGCAGGCACCACCCCUCGUGCUGAGCAGAAACGAGAUUUUGCGCUAGGCCCCGAGGCGCUCGGACCGGGCCGGCGGCAGCGGAGAAGAAGCGAGCGGACAGGGAGCUGGCAGGCGCCUUCCGUGCAGAGCCGGUGCCCGGGCGGUGAGAUGCUGGCGCGGGCUGGGGCCCUAGGGAAGGAGUCUGCCUACGCCCCUCGCGUACCUUAGCCGAGGACUCGCCCCUCCGAGAAGCGCGUGGCCCGUCCUAGCCUGGGCUCCGGCGGCAGGAUGGUGGAUGUGUUCAGCGGGCGGCCCCUGCUCACGCGGGACGGGCGCGCCGUGGAUCCCGAGGAGGUUUUGCAGAACAAGAUCGUGGGCUUGUACUUCUCGGCCGGCUGGUGCUCCCCGUGCCGGGACUUCACCCCCGUCCUGUGCGACUUCUACAGCGAGCUGCUGGAAGGCGCCCGCCCGCCGGCCCCGUUCGAGGUCGUCUUCAUCUCGUCCGACCGCAGCCCCGAGGAGAUGGCCGAGUACAUGCACGACAUGCACGGGGACUGGCUGGCGCUGCCCUUCCACGACCCCUACAAGCAGUCCAGAGUGCCCUACCAGAUCCAGCCGAGACUGCAUGCCAUCCCUUGGAGCCUGGUGACUGGGUUUGCUGUAAGGUGUUCCAGCGAAAGUCCGCUUUGGAGCCCAGCUGGAAGGGUCCGUUCCAGGUCUUGCCAACUACCCAUACUGCAGUGAAGUGCCAAGGACUCCCAAAUUGGGUACACGCGUCUCAUUGUAAGAAGGUAGCACCUCCUUUGGAUCCCGCCAGCGCCCCGUUCGUUCCACAGCCUCAGUCGGCAGCGCCAACAGGUGAACCCGAGCGGAAACCCAAGUACCACCUUCGAGGAGCUGUUCGAAAGGCUACUCCGUUGUCCUUCCCGUCUACACCGGAACCGGAAGUUGUGACCACUCCACGCUCUCCGUUGUGUGAUGUAAAGACUUUUGCUGCUGGAAAAAGGGAAAAAGCGACUCCACGUUCUCCCUUAUGUGGUGUGAAGACUUUUGCUGCGGGAAAAAAGAAAAAGACGAGAAAGCCUCAAGAAGCCUCCGAAAUUAAGCCACUAAAGACUCUCACUGUCGAAGACGUAAAAAAUUGGCCGUGGUAUAAGAGGCGGUACAUAGUGUGGUGGCAGGGAGGGAAUUGUGGUAGGCAGGCAUGGCAAUGUGGGAUAAACUGGAUAUUGGGAUUUAUUCCCAGUACAGGUGAUUGCACCCUGGUCAGGUCCCCUGGCCAUGCCAAACCAUUCCAGAACUACUAGACGAAUCCCAUCCUUCCCCUGCUCCCUCCACGGCCUCCCCUUUAGUUAAGCCUCCCAUAGUAACUCCAUCCCUCAAUAUCUCAGAAAAUCAUACCCGUUCCGAGCCCCAAUCUGACCCAUAUUUAUCCAAAACCUCGACUGUUAUACAAUGGCCCAGACCCUCCUUUUCUGGUGAUUUGUUCUCUUAUUGCGCAUCCAAGUUAUUUUUCUCAUUGCAUAGCCAUGUAUACGAACGGUAUGUUAAAUGGGAUGCGUUUGGUACGGUGUAUCUCAGUUACCGUAAUGUAACCCCUUAUGUUACUUAUACAGGAGAACUUUACCAAGCUGAGAUUUAUAUAGACACAUGGGACACUGACCAUAAUAUAGAUCUCGUGCUAGUCCCAGGCACUUGUUAUCCAUAUAGUGAAAAGGGUUCAGAAUGUUUUAUAGUCACUUAUGCCACACGAACUAAUGUUACAGUUGAAAAGAUAUGCCUAACCACUGUAGGAUUUCUUUGUUUCAAGGAUCUCCCCCUCACUGCAAAUAUCACUUGUACUCUACUUCAAUACACCCCUUCCCAUUUGAUUGACACUUCAUUGGCCAAGGAGGGCAUUCACGUUCAGAACCAACAAUUAUGGUAUGAGCCUACAGAAAAAACUCACUUAUCAGGAUUUAAAUGGACAAUCCUAAAUGCCACUUUAGGAACCAUCCAUUUCUCCCUUCCCCUCACUCACUUUCAAAUCACCGCCACUUACUCUAACUGCUCUAAGGGCGCAGCCAUACGCCUAAUGGAACAACAAGCUCGACUUAAAAAUAGCAGGAAAAGGAGAGGUAUUGCUGAUGUUUUUCUGCAAGGUGCUAACACUGCAGCCUCAGCUUGGACUAUUUACAAAACACAGCAACAUGAGGGUCAUCUGGGACAAUUAGACCAGGUCUCAGGGUUUAUCUCUGGGGCUCAGAUUACUGAGGAGAAGGCCGGAAUAGGCGAACUCCAUACUAUCUCAACACUAAGCAUUGUUACCCAGGACCUGCUUAAGCAUAUGGUCCAUCAGGCUACUGUAUCAGGAAA